UGAUAGUUCCUCUUCUCGCAUUUUGGAUUUGGGGGAGGGCACAGAUAACUGGGUCUGCACUUCUCAAUUUGAUGAGAGUUUAUUCGAUAGAGAUCGAUCAAUUAAGCUGAAUUUGGGCUGGAAUUUGAUGAGACGACGGUCGUUAGAGUCCAACCAUCACGAGGAGAUGGAGAAGGCCAACGGCAAGCCUCCACCAUCUCGGCUCUGCUUCUUGGCCACCCUAUCGGCCAUGUUCUGGAUCAUGAUCUUCUACUUCCAUUUCACUGUUCUCAGCAGCAACCCUAUCGGCAAACCGGAGCAACCCGUUCCCUUCUCCGUUUCGGCCCAACCCCAGCGGAUUUCGGAAGCAUAUGAAGCGUUUGAACUGCCCAAAAUGAAGGCACCGCCGAGAUCAAAGCCAUCGGAUACUCGUCAAGCACCAGAGGCAUUCCCCUUCACCCGGGCCCUCCGGACCAUCGAGAAUAAGAGCGAUCCGUGCGGUGGGAGGUACAUCUACGUCCAUGACCUCCCCUCGCGGUUCAAUGCCGACAUGCUCCGAGAUUGCAAGAACUUGAGCCUUUGGACCAACAUGUGCAAAUUCACAAGCAAUGCUGGUCUGGGGCCUCCGCUUGAGAAUGCUGAAGGGGUCUUCUCAAACACCGGAUGGUAUGCCACCAAUCAAUUCGCGGUGGAUGUGAUCUUCAACAACCGGAUGAAGCAGUACGAGUGCCUGACCAAGGAUUCAUCCAUUGCCGCAGCUAUUUUCGUGCCCUUCUAUGCUGGUUUUGACAUAGCUCGAUAUCUUUGGGGAUACAAUAUCUCAGUCAGGGAUGCUGCAUCUCUCGAUUUGGUUGAUUGGCUCAUGAAGAGGCCUGAGUGGAACGUGAUGGGGGGAAGGGACCAUUUCUUGGUGGCUGGGAGGAUCACUUGGGAUUUCAGGAGAUUGACGGAUUCUGAAACGGAUUGGGGGAAUAAGCUUCUGUUCUUGCCAGCUGCAAGAAAUAUGUCCAUGCUGGUUGUGGAGGCAAGCCCAUGGAAUGCUAAUGAUUUUGGGGUACCAUAUCCUACUUACUUUCAUCCAGCAAAGGAUGGUGAUGUUUUCCUUUGGCAGGACCGGAUGAGGAAGUUGGAGCGGAAGUAUCUAUUCUCAUUUGCAGGUGCGCCACGGCCUGAUAAUCCAAUAUCAAUCAGAGGGCAGAUAAUAGAUCAGUGCAAAAGGUCCAAGGUAUGUAAGUUGUUGGAGUGUGAUUUUGGAGAGAGCAAGUGUCACUCCCCAAGCAGCAUAAUGCAGAUGUUCCAGAGUUCCUUGUUUUGCUUACAACCUCAGGGAGAUUCAUAUACAAGGAGAUCAGCUUUUGACUCCAUGUUGGCUGGUUGCAUACCUGUUUUCUUCCAUCCUGGUUCUGCUUAUAUACAGUACACAUGGCAUCUCCCGAGGAACUACUCGACAUAUUCGGUGUUUAUCCCGGAGGAUGAUAUUCGAAAGCAGAAUGUCAGCAUUGAGGAGAGGUUAAAGCAAAUUCCUCCAGAUGUUGUGGAAAUAAUGAGAGAGAGAGUCAUAAGCCUUAUACCAAAGCUAAUAUAUGCAGACCCUAGGUCUAAACUGGAGACUCUUAAGGAUGCGUUUGAUGUGGCAGUUCAGGCAGUCAUCAACAAAGUUACAAAACUAAGAAGGGAUGUAAUUGAAGGCCAUGAAGAUAAGGACUUCAUCGAAGAGAACAGCUGGAAAUAUGCUUUGUUAGACGAUGGCCAGCAAACAGUUGGGCCACAUGAGUGGGAUCCUUUCUUUUCUAAGCCGAAGGAUGGUAACGGAGAGUCUGGCACUAUAUCUGCUGAAGCUGCUAAGAAAUCUUGGAAGAAUGAACAAAGGAGUCAGGCUUGACUUGUAUUCUGGAGUGAUGAGAAGGCAGGGCUAAUUGAUUAUGAUGAUUUAUAAUCACAUUGGUACAAUCUGAAGCUACUUGAAUGCAAGUAAAUCAUCAAAUUACAGAUAUGUGGAUGAGUGAGCCUUGAUCAUCAUUGUUGAGUGUAUAUCAGUUGAGUUUUUCUGCAAAUUGUGAGAAUGUGUCUACAACAAUAAUUAGAACUUCAAAGAUGAACCAUAGGAGGGGUUUGAUCUCUUGUGAUGUUUGCAUUAGGUAAGAUGUGCUUUCAAUUUAUCAAUUUCCUAUUUGUAUAUAUCUUUCCUAACAAUAGUUGAAUUUUGAAUACAGAACCUAAUAAUAUAAGACGUCUGUCAGUUCGGUAAGGUGCUAUACUACAUAUACAGCCAGCAGCUUUGGAAAUCCUUUUGUGUUUGGUUCUAUGUUAUACACGUUUCAAGUAAGAUGUUUAGGUUCCUGUAGUUAUUGUUGAUGUGAGCACCAGUUGCUAUGGUUCUUAGGGGGAUGCAUGAAGUAGAAUAAUAUGCAUGUUUUUGGCACUACAAAAUGUUUGUACGGGCUUGUUCAUGCAGGAUAUGAGUCGCCAAUCCAUUCAAGAAUUUGUCACACAAUGUCACUUGCUCCAAGACUUUUGAAGCAACCAACAUGACCAAGCUCUGGAGAUGGUAAGAAGCAUCUUGGCCACCGGUGGAUGAGCAGAUGCCAAAUUUUCUUGCAAGGCAUCCUGCUGUAUCGUAAGGAGCAGCCUUUCCUUCUGUGACUAGGAGGGCGUAGAUUGAAGCAAUCGAUGAAGAGGGAACAUUUUGGGCUAUCAAACGGGGACAACCAUUUUAAUGUCAAUCUUAAAGCCAGCCACACUUGUUUAGGAUCUCUAUCGGUACGUUCACGAUGAAGUGUUUUGUUCGGCUACAUAAUUCCGAUGCUUAUGUUUCGAUAAAAUUGACGGUGAGAGUUUACGGGUUUCUUCGUUCAGCUCUUUUUGGUGUAUGAGCUUAUGCAUUUGGAUAAUUUUGAUUCCUCAAACAUGAUUGAUAAUUUAGAAGAA